AUGAACGCUCUCCGUCGCGUCCCCACCCUUAGUCCCCUGCGACGAGCAAUGAGCGGCCAGCAACAGUUCCGCGGUGUUUCUGCUCUCGGUCGCCUCACGGUCACUGUCCAGGGCCCUCAUGUCGAUAGCGAGGCGGCUCCAGACCAUCGCGAGCCUCUGCUCGCUCAACUUAGGUCUCUCCCGAGAGAUGCUCCCAUCCUGACCAUCCAAGAUGAUCCACCGUCCGACACAGAAUGGGACCUCCUCAGCGAUCACUUCACUGGCGUGCGCGAUCUGGAGAUCGACACUGGCUUUAACGAGGACCUCAACGACAGCAAGAUGCCCCUUCACUGGCCACUCGAUCGUCUAAUGAUCUCCGGCGUCUGCGGAGAGGUCACCAAGUCGCCGCACAUCUUACAAGGGCUAGCCAAGCACCUCAUCCUGUAUCUCACAUCUGAGAUGCGAUUCGAGGGCCCUCGAUCUGACCAAUUGACCGGCGCGUACCAAAAAGCCAUCGAUCGCGGCGAAGCCAAAUCCGAAUACAUACCUGGUAGCAAAAUUAACCUGAUAAACAUAACCAAGCUCGGGCGCGAGUGGAUGGCACAAAAAUACGGAGACAGCUCUGCAGAGGCAGAGCUCGAACCGGAAAACCGACCCGUCCAGGAGAGCCGUCUACGCACGCUCGAGAUCAUCGGGAACGACGCCCUCGACACGUUCCUACGCAUGUGCGCUGCGAUACCGCACGUUGUCGAGAACGUCUCAACACUCUACCUGCGUUCGACCUCGGCCCGGCCCGACUUCUUGUGGACUGAGGAGAAGAGCUUCGCAGAGGUUCUCCCGCAGCUUACAGAUUUACAGACAUUGAAGCUCAGCGUUGGAGAAGUCUUCCACGAGGAGGCAACUCUCUCCGCUCUAUAUACCAGUCUCCCGCCGAAUCUCACGACGCUGUAUUUCCGCGGGCCCAUUUCGCUCUGCCGGUCGGAGCGGUGGGAAGAGUGGGUGACGGCCUUUAGCUCGGACACCUUCCUCCCCAAGCUGCAGCGGCUGGCCUUUGUGCUUGACAUGCACUAUGAACAGGGGAAGUACGGUAAGGAAGAUUCGGAUGCACCGGAGGAGGACCUACUCCAAGCGCGGGCUGCGUGCGAACGUUUGUAUGAGGGCGCGCGACGUCGAGGAAUAACCAUUGAGCCGCUGCAGGAUGAAUGGGCAGGCAAACACGUGUGCUUACGGCCGGUAGACAGGCGGUGGCCGAGUCCGCGACCGUACCCGAGUCCGUUUUUUGGCCCGUAA